CCUGGCCAUAUGCAUCUCUCGCUGCCAUGUCCCCGCACGAGCCGCCCCCGCCGCCAGGCUUCGACGACCUCCAGUUCUUCAACGCCGCCCUCGACUCCUCCUUCUUCCCGUCCCCGCCCCCGCUCCCCGCCUCCUCAGAGCUCUUCUCGCCCUCCGAAACCACCGACCUCUUCGGCUUCCUCGAGAACUUCAACUUUGAACUCGACUUUGACCUUGGCCCAGCCGGCCCCGUAUACAAUGGUCCGUCAUUCGACAGUCCUCCAGAGCAGGCCUAUCCACCGCAUCACUUCAACAAUGCGCCGCCGCCCGAAUCUCAUGGACUGGGCCUCAUCCCGCAGCCUCCAUUACCACCGCCGCCAAUCGACCCCUCUUUGAGGGAACGGCAACCUCCCUUCUCGUCUCCCAACAUCUCCGCUCCUCGCCCAACCGUGCCGUCAGGGCACCCACAGUCGCCUACCGACCCAUCACAACGAGCCAGUUCAUCUGCCUCUCCGUCAAAUACACGCCCCAAGGCCUUGCUCUCGACCCCUCAGAAGAGACUUAACCACAUCCUAUCCGAGCAGAAACGACGGAAUGCUAUUCGUGACGGUUACAUGCAACUCACGACGCUGCUGGCACCCGCGGGAGCACCGCCAGGGACAGGGAUGCCGACGAGAGGCCGGCCAAAGGGAAGCGGGAGCAGGGGGCGAGGGAGCAAGGGAAAGAGCGGUAUUCUCUUCAAGGCGAAGGAGUACAUCCAAUUUCUGGAGGAGGGCCGGGACGCUCUGUUAGCAGAGGUGCUGAAGGUGGAAGCUGCGGCAGGGGUGCGACAUUCAUGACCCACCGCACGCAGAUUGAACCCUGAACAACCUCCCAGUAUUCGUCCGCUGUCAUUGCUUUGUAUAUCAUCACUGUGUAGGCUGUAGUGUACGCUUGUGUCUGCGAGAAAUGCGACGACCUUGAUUGGAUGCGUGCGUGCCAGCGGGGCCGGCUGUUACCCCCAGGUUACCCCGCAUUCUUCAAUUUCUUGGCUCGAUCGCUGGAUUUCACGAGCCUCCGCCGAGCGAUCCGAUCGAGCCUGCACAAAU